AUGCCUGAGAACUACAUCAACCCAGCCCGGCCCAAGAUUCGGUUCUCCCUGAUCGAAUGUAUUACCAUCGGCCUAGGAGCCGGCAGAGUGGGUGUUGCAGCGUAUUCCAUAACCCACCGUCCCAACUCCUACGUGCCGGGGAAGACGCUCGCGCGCCUGUUCAAUCUCGACUUCUCCAAGUUACCGGACACCAUCAACCUCGCGAUGCACUGGGGCCAGGGGAUGCUCGCUGCUGGAGUGCGCGGCUUGAUGAGCUAUUACGGCAUCGUCGGCCCGUUUGGGAGCUAUUUGUUCAUGGGGGUGCGGUUGUUGGUCGAUCAGACGUUGGAGAAUUAUACGGGAGUCGGGGCGUUGCCGUGGUAUGUUGUUCAAAUUCUUGUUCUCAUUCUCGUCCUCGUUCUUGUUGUCGUUCUUGUUGUCGUUCUUGUUGUCGUUCUUGUUGUCGUUCUUGUUGUCGUUCUCGUUGUCAUUUGUGUCAAGAUUCAAACGUUCACUCUGUUCAUCCCUCCAACGGAGGAGUUCUAA